AGUGGAGGAGUAACAUUGCUCUGCCUCUGCCUGUUUUUCAGCUCGGGAGGGGGAGUCAGACAGACGGGAAUGAAAGCUUUUCCUCAGAGUUGAGGAGCAGGUUGGGUUUCGCUCGCGAAUGAACGUUAACGACCGACCGGCGACGACCGAGCAGGAGUUUAUCGAAAACCGCGUCCAGACUUCACAGCCAGCCGCGCGGAUGCAGACGAGGACAUGAGGCGGAAUAUGUGCAGACUUUGCUCGGAGCGAGACAUGAGUCCAGGAUACUGAUUAGAGUUGACACAAGCCCAGCUCCAGUAGCAACUCUAUCCACACUUCACCUCCAACCCCCUCCUUCACUCCUCAACCAGGAAAUCAUCGCGCAUUGCCGCUUAUCCGUCUUCCCACAGAUUAAACAAAACACCAAACCCCUUGGUGGGUUUAUCCAUGAGGAUAUCGCCGAUUUCUCCUGUGUUUUCGCCCCUGGAAGUUCGGCUUUAGCUCUGAGGAGGAUCCGCGCUGUCGUCGAACAAUGAGUGAGUCGAGUAUCUGUCAGGCCCGGGCCACUGUGAUGAUCUAUGACGAUGGCAGUAAAAAGUGGGUCCCGGCAGGCACGGGCCCACAGGCCUUCAGCAGGGUCCAAAUCUACCACAAUCCCACCAAUAAUGCCUUCAGAGUGGUGGGGCGUAAGAUGCAGACUGACCAGCAGGUUGUGAUAAACUGUCCAAUUGUAAAGGGAUUAAAAUAUAAUCAGGCCACGCCAAACUUCCACCAGUGGCGGGACGCCCGGCAGGUGUGGGGACUCAAUUUUGGCAGCAAGGAAGAUGCGGCGUUGUUUGCCAAUGGCAUGAUGCACGCUCUCGAUGUGCUCAGCUCGAUCCCUGAUGGAGGUUACUCCGCACGGCCUGUGUCUAAUGGACCAUCACCAGAAGAGCUGGAACAGCAGAGAAGAUUGGAACAACAGAGGCUGGAGCAGCAAGAGAGAGAGAGACUAGAAAGAGAGAGACAAGAGAGAGAACGGCAGGAAAGGGAAAGACAAGAGAGAGAAAGACAAGAGAGAGAACGACAAGAGAGAGAACGGCCAGUAGCUUCAGUUGUGAUUCCUCCAGCGCCGCCUUUGGCCCCUGGAGGCCCUCCAGCUCCCCCGGGACCCCCACCUCCCCCUGGACCCCCUCCAUCUGGACCUCCUCCACCACCUGGGCCUCCGCCUUCAGGAGGAGGAGCUCCACCGCCUCCUGCUCCACCACUGCCCUCUUCUGGAGGAAGUGAUGGGGGUGGAGGACCUGGUGGUGGUGGUGGUCUCGCUGCUGCUCUGGCAGCUGCCAAACUUCGCAAAGUGCCCAAGGUGAGAUUAUUCACAAAAAGAGGAUAGUUGCAUCCCAAAUGA